UAACUCUAACGUAACCAACAGUUGUCUGGUGAAACAGGUUUGGACAGUCGACUCAUGAACCUCUCAAAUACUGGCAGCAAUUUCACAACAGCUGUGUAUCGGGACACUUUAAACACAGCUAUAAUCAAGAAUGUGAUUACUGUGGUUCUCUGCCUCUCCAUCAACUAUGUCAACAGUACCCUGGUGUACACAUUCUCAAAACAUCAGGUUUUCAAAAUGAACCCUCGCUACAUCCUGUACAUCCACCUGGUGAUCAACGAUAUCAUCCUGCUGAGUCUGUUUACUCUCGUUCAGGUGCUGAGUUACAUCGUUUUCACUCUUAACGUCUCUCUAUGUAUCGUUCUGCUAACGAUUGCUACAUUUGCAAGUCUAAACAAUCCCCUAACAUUAGCAAUUAUGGCAGUAGAGUGUUACAUCGCCAUAUGCUUCCCUCUCCACCACACCCAGAUCUGUACAGUCAGGAAAACGUAUGUUGUGAUCGGCCUGAUUUGGGCGAUAAGUAUACUCUCGAUCCUACCGGAUUUAUUUGUGGCCUUGGCAACAGAAUCUCUGGAAUUCUUUCGUUCCAGAGUUUUUUGUCUCAGAGAUACCGUUUUUAGAAACUCUAAUCUGACAGUGAAGAGAGAUGUUUCCAACUCAGUGUUUUUGGUCAUUGUUUGGCUUACUCUUUUGUAUACAUACUUCAGGAUCCUGUUCGCAGCAAAGGCAGCUGCCAAAGAUGCCAAGAAAGCGAGAAACACUGUCCUCCUCCACGGCUUCCAGCUGCUGCUCUGUAUGCUCACCUACGUUUAUGAUCUCGUAAUGCAGGGUCUGACAUACUUGUUCCCAAAAGAGGUGCUGGCCAUUCGCUACAUUGUUUCGAUAUUUAUUCAGGUACUGCCUCGACUCAUCAGUCCGGUUGUUUAUGGGCUACGAGACAAGACAUUCAGGAAGUACCUGAAAAGAUAUCUGCUCUGUACAACUUGUGCUAACACUCAUCCACUAACAACUUUAAAGAGGGCAUAAAGUCCUGUUUUUGAGUUGUUCAUGCUAUGCUUUUUUCAUAAUAAAAGGAUAUUUCAGAUGU